AUGAGGCGGGCACGCUCCCCGAGCUCGCCUUCGCCAUACAGGGCGCUGGCGCACCACCAGAUGGCAAACGCCUCGUCAAAAGGAAGGGAUACCGCAUCGCUGAUCCGGUCCUUCAAUAACGAAAACAACCCGACGCGUCCUAUACGGCCCUCGCCUCUUACGGCGUCGAUAAUUCGGGACAUGCCGCAGGACUUGGUCGACCGAAUCAGGUCCUUCCCGCUGUUCAUGUCAGCCCCCGAAGAGUUUCUCAUUGAGAUUGGAAACCAUCUGAAACCCCAGAUUCAUGCUAUGCAUGAUCAUAUAGUAAGAGAGGGAGAUGAUGCGAAGGCAAUGUACUGGCUUGUGCGUGGUGUGGUGGCAGUCACAUCUCGGGACGGCGAGGCUGUCUAUGCUGAGCUCAAGCCUGGUUCAUUUUUUGGAGAAAUUGGAGUGCUCAUGGAUGUGCCCAGGACUGCCACCAUUGUGGCGCGGACGAAAUGUUUACUGCUGGUCUUGAAGAAGGAGGAUCUGCAAGCCGUCAUGCCCAAGUUCCCUGAAAUGGAGCAGGCAAUUCGGCAUGAAGCCCAGGAGAGGUUGAACCUCCUGAAGAAACAGCGUCAAGAGGGACGCCCGAAAAUACAACCCCCAACGGGGGAAAUUUCAUCUCGGGAAGCAGUGCCCGGCGAGGUCUCCACAGGAGAGACAGGGUCCAUCCGAGAUCACGCUGUGAUAAAUACGAAGAAGCGCAAGUCUCCCAGUCCCGGUGUUAUAGAGGAUCCAGCCGCUGGAAGUGCCAUUGGGAGCGGGUUUGUCAAUAUCCGGCAGACGCUGAAAGAGCUUCCUCUUUUCUCGAACCUCCCGCCUGAUAUUCUCCACUUCCUUGGGUUGAGCGUUCAGCCGCGAGCAUAUGCCCCCUUUAACGACAUUAUUCGACAGGGUAUGCCUGGCAAUGACAUAUUCUUCAUCGUGAGGGGAGAAGCAGAAGUAGUUCAUGACCCCCCGAAAGAAAUGCAGGAGGGCGCGGAUAGCCUCUCUCGCCUUCAAAAGCGCCCGCGCUUAAGAGCGGGCCAGUACUUCGGGGAGGUAACCAGCCUGGGGCUAUCCCCAGGGCGCACCGCAACGGUCCGGUCAAUCACCACUGUCGAGUGCCUAGUGAUCCCAGGGGACACUCUGAAUGAGCUCUGGAGGCGGUGUCCGCCCGAUAUAAAAUCUCAAGUGGAAGAGACGGCGCGCUUGCGUUUCGGCAAGCAGGAUGAUGAUGUUGAUAUGCUUGGUACCGAAUCGCAGUCGAAAGCCAGCAAGUCCGACCCGCCAACACCAACUACACCUACAGCACCGUUAGGCAUUUCCCCCCAUCUCACAUUCACCUCUCCCUCGAAGCCAAGUUCACCUAGCAAGGAGGAGCCCGAACGAAUGGAGCCCAAGGACCCCGACCCUUUCCUGAGCGUCGACAUGGAAAAUCUGAGGAACCGACGGCGACAUUCGUUGGCACCACCGACCCCUCUCCCGGACAACUCGUCCCCCUUGGCGAAUGGUCUCCGCCCCCAAGCAUUGAGGAUCACACCUGCCAGAUUUGCAACAGCAGACUUCUCGCCAGACUCCGAUCUACCCGCUAAGAGAGUGAAAACGCUGCCGCGUCGUCCCCAUAAGGUGCUGCAGCCUACAUUUCCAGACGACGUUUUGGUGAGAAUAUUUGGCUCCCUUGAUAUUGGAGAGCUUCUUCGUCUUCGUCUGGUACAUAGCCACUGGAAGAGGCUUCUGCAUACCUCGGAUAAAAUCUGCCAUCUGGUGGACCUCUCAAUUUACAACCGCAAGGUCACAGACGCCGUAAUACGAGAAGUCCUAGUCCCCUUCAUUGGCUCGCGCGCCCAGGUAAUAGACCUUAAUAAUUGCUUCCACAUAUCCGACGAAGGGUUUUCGACCUUGUGGAGGGCUUGUGGUAAGAAUGUGAAGGUAUGGAGAAUGCGGUCCGUGUGGGAUGUUUCGGCGAGCCAGAUCCUGGAGAUGAGCGAAAAUGCAAAGAGUCUGCAAGAGGUCGACUGGAGUAACUGCCGCAAGGUUGGGGACAAUCUGCUAGGGCGUGUUGUUGGCUGGGUUGUACCGGAGCCUCCGCCGUCAAAUACGAAUAGGCAGGUUGUCAUUUCGAGUUCGAGUACCAAACCUAAGACGAGGUCGCAACAGAAGCAGCAGCAGCAACAACAACAGCAGCAGCAACAGCAGCAGCAGCAGCAGAAAUCUCAGAGGCCUCAGAACAUGCCAGCGCCAGGAACCGUCAUCGGAUGCCCAAAGCUGCGGAAACUCAACCUUUCCUACUGCAAACAUAUAACGGAUAGGUCCAUGGCUCACUUAGCUGCGCAUGCCUCAACCCGUAUCGAAUCCCUAACUCUGACUCGUUGCACAUCGAUCUCGGAUGCAGGUUUCCAAUCUUGGGCUUCGUUCAAGUUUGAGAGGCUAUGGAAUUUGGGGUUGGCAGACUGUACCUACCUCUCGGAUAACGCCGUUGUGGCGCUUGUCAAUUCCGCAAAGAAUCUAACGCAUCUGGAUCUGUCAUUCUGUUGCGCCUUAUCCGACACGGCCACUGAGGUUGUGGCUCUCGGCCUCCCCAGGCUCCGGGAACUCAAGCUGGCAUUUUGUGGAAGUGCCGUGAGUGACGCCAGUUUGGAAAGCAUUGCGCUACAUCUCAACGAGUUGGAGGGACUUAGUGUCCGAGGGUGUGUCCGUGUCACUGGAAAGGGUGUGGAGAAUAUUCUCCGAGGCUGCACCCAGCUUGAGUGGCUUGACGCGAGUCAGUGCCGCAACCUGGAACCUUGGAUCCGUACUGGGGGAGUAGAGAGAUGGGGUUACGACAAUCGCUUCCCGAAGACCCCCGAGCAAAUCGCGGCGUGGCGCUCGCCGAUUCUGAGCCCUCCUUUAAGUGAGCAAACCGCAUUGCCGGGCAAGAUGAGUGUUGCGAUGCUCACCACACCAAGCUACCUCACGCAAACCGGUGUUUUGGGAAGGAGACCAAGGCGCCCUGUUCGGUUCAUCAUCGAAAAGGGGACCGACGGCUUGCCAAUGUCGUUCACGAUCACAGUCCGCCAGGGCCCGCGGCUGGCGCACCAACUGCCCCAGGUGCUGUCCAAGUCCGCAUUCCGAUCCGCCGCUCCCGCACGAGCCUUCCACCAGCAGCCCAUGAAGCGCAUGAGCGCCAGCUUCUUCACAUCCCGAAUCGCCUCAUCAUCGCAAAGGGCGUCCAAGAAUGCCUUUGCGCGCGCGAGCGGCGCCGCCCGGUCGUACUACCAGCAGGCGCAGCAGCAGGAGGGCGCCCUCGCCGGCUCGGGGAUGCGCAAGCUGCUGGUCGGCGGCGCCAUCUUCGGCGGCACCCUCGUCGCGAUCAACCUCGUCUUCAACCGCGAGACCAGGGACGACGGCGGCAUGCCCGUGUACGAGCGGGAGUACCUGAACAACACGUUCCUGCACACCGGUCUGGGCAUUGGCAUCAUCGGCCUGACGGCCCGGCAGAUGGUGCAGACUGGCUUCGUGUACCGGUUGAUGGUCACCAACCCGUGGGUCGUUGGUAUCGGUGGUCUGGCUCUGAGCUUCGCUACCAUGAUUGGAACCCGGUCCAUCAGCCCUGAUAACUAUGUCCCCAAGUACGCUCUCUGGACCGCUUUCAACGCCACCCAGGCCGCUUUCGUUGCCCCUCUUCUGGCCUUCGUUCCCCGCGCUCUUCUCGGUCGCGCUGGUCUCUACACCAUCGCCAUGAUGGGUGCUCUGUCAGUGGUCGGUGCCACUGCUAAGCAGGAGAAGUACCUGUACAUUGGUGGUCCCCUCCUGGCUGGUGCUGCUAUCGUGGCCGCAUCCGGACUCGCCCCUCUCGUGAUCCCCGUCACCGCUGUACGCACGCUCGCCUUCACCGAGAACCUGUGGCUCUACGGUGGUCUGGCCGUAUUCGGCGGUUUCACCCUGUACGAUGUCCAGAAGGUUCUCUACCACGCCCGCCUCGCCCAGGCUGGUGUGAUGCGCCGUGACCCUGUCAACGAGAGCAUCUCCCUGGAGCUCGACUUCCUCAACAUCUUUAUCCGCAUGGUGCAGAUCCUUAUGCUGCAACAAAACAAGAGGAAGUAA